AUGUCAUCCGCAGUCGUCGGCAUUGGCGCAGGUAUCAGCGCGCUCUUUCUCUGCGCAGCCUGCUUUAUUGUCUACCAGAUAUACAAGCGCAAACGCGAACACAAUCGCGAGAUCGCCGAGAUCGAACAAGGCUUCCCUCCUGCACGACCUGUGGAAGUCGCUCAGGUACAUCAAGGACCCGGCGCGUGCCAACUACCAUUCAUACCGACAUAUGUGCCGUGUGGAGGAUGGGGAGCACUGGCAUCAACAGAGACCAUCAACAAUUUACACCCGUUCGCGCAGGUCAACAAUCGCCUUCAUCCAGCCUUCAUCUUUCCAGAAGAGCAGACACGGACAGGAUGGAAUUUCCCUGGACGAAGACCAAGGAUAGGACGUCUUCCAUCCAAUGCUAGAAGACUGCAAGCGCUUUCGGCCAUCAUUGAGAGCCCAAGAGGAGGUACGCCCGUAGCAGGAUCCAGAAACUCACCGGCUGCUACCAAAGGCGGUGCUGUCAGGGAACAGGAAAUACAAUCCGCUUCUGUGGAGCAGUUAAUUGCAAAGCCAGAGGUCGUCAGCACAGACUCGCCACAAAUACCUCCUCGUUCUUCCUCGCGGCCAAUUCGGCUCACUGAUGUGCCACCACCAAAGCCGCUCUCAAGAGAGCCAUCAUGCCGACCCCGAGCAGCUCGAUCAAAGUCAUUAGGGACCGUCUCUGAUCCGAACAAGCCAAAUUCGACAGACACAUUCGCGUCUGCUCCUGGACCGGCACCAACAGGACCAUUGCCUCCCCUCCCGCCUUUACCAAGGAACAUCAGUCGCCACAGUGACUAUAACCCGGCAAACCGUCACAGUGCUCUCGGUAUACCUUCAGCAAAGCAUAGUGAAAGUACAUCAACCAGCUUGAACAGCAGUCCUGAGCGCAACUGGGAACGGAUUGUGAGUUCCGAAAACAUCAAUGCGAUACCAGAGUUCAAGAACGUCCAAAGACCCUCGAUACCAGACGAUGCUGCGGCAGGAGCAAGAGCUGAAGCUUCAUCUUAUGGCAGCAACUCUCGACCGGGAAACUACAUCGGACACAGAAGAAGUCUUGUGUGUCUGAGUAUCAUCUCGAAUAGCAGCAAUCGUAACUCCGUCUCUAGUAUUGCGUCUACUUUGGAGAAGCAGUCGAACAGGCUCUCGAUACCGCAGAUUCUGAAUGUCGAUCGAAUCAGUAUCAGUCGUGUAUCAUCAUCAGACUCGCUCAAGGGCGGUGUCACCAUGGUGAGCACCCCAAGACGGCAUACCGGGUCGUCCAGAGUCUCGGCAACUGGAUCGCCAUCAGAGAAGCCCAAACCAAAUGUCCUACGAGCUGUCUCGGGCAACACUGUUUCUCCGCAAAGACCAAUGAAAAGUGCAUUGAAAGACUCGAGUGUUGAGGUUAUGUCCAAGUGGGAAAAGUCAGUGAUAAGACCCAGGCAUUCAAUCUUGAAAGGCAGUCCUGGUGCGAGAAAAGGCCAUCGCAGACAAAACUGUGUUCGCUUGUCGACACUCGCACCCACUGUUCUGGGACCAGGGGCCCGGAGCAGAUCGACUAGUCCUUCAAUAGAUGGAAUCCAAGAAGAAUCGCCGGAUCGCACGAUUGGGCCACUGGCCGACCAACAUUUGAAUGGUGAUGUAACAUUGCGACCACGGACCGCCAUGGACCCUUUGAGGUUGCGAGCAUCGCUCACACCUAGCUCUCCGACUCUUUCCAUGGUAGCAUAUCAGAAUGAGCCGUUGCCCUGGCACAGUGAGGUGAACUCUAGACGUGCAUCUUAUGUGUCGCCAGGUGCAAAGUCUGCAUUGUCGCGAGAGGCAUCGCUCUUCAGCAUACCCAGUCUUCCAGAUAUGAACCAUGUCGAUAAAGUUGAUGAGGUGCAGCAAGGAUCAGAAACGCCUGCAAUCGAAUUCACACGUCCAUCGACUGAAUGGUCGGAGCAUGAGCGCAGUCCUCCAUUUGGACUCCAUGUUACACCGAGUAACUCGAAACGUUCGGUCUACAAGCCUGAAGAAUCGCCGCCACUACCAUCAUGGUCAAAUAAGUACGACCCUUCUUGGCCAAUGCCGAUUACCAAUCCUCCUGCCAGCGGACAAGAGUAUGAUCCGAGCAGACCAAUCUCGAUCUAUUCUUCUGACGAAGAAGACAGCAGCUCGCCCAACUUUCCGUUCGCACUCAAGGACGAGCCUGUCCCACCGACUUGUUCCUCGCCGCCAUCAUUCCUAGCUGACUAUGAUGAUGAAAAAGAGAACAGAGGCAGGAGAUCACCAUACAGCGAGAAGGAGAUCGAAUCACCCUAUGCCCGCGCAGCCUCUCUCACUCAACGCAUCCGUUCACCUUUCGAAUCCAUGCCUAUCCUCCGGCCCCAUGCCUCAUUCAUGGAAGAAGAUCUAGGCCCAAGCCUACCUUCCCCACCGCCAUCACCAAACUCCAGCAUUUGUAAGACGCCACCACCGCUGUGUCGUGCUAUCAGCAAUGAUAGCGACACCCUGACCAGCCCAAAGCUCUCGAUUCAUAACAGCAGUGCCCACCGUCGCAGCAGCACAAGCCCCCAUCGCCGCAGCACUAGUUCAUCCCCACACCGCCGCAGCGGCGGCAUCGAUAAGCCUUCCUCGUCACGCAGCAAACGCGUCACAGGUCCCCGCGCCCAACCACCGAAAGACAUUCGCAAAAGCAUCAUGGCACUACGCCGCAUGAAUUCUUCACUUCAAGUUUCCGAAGACGAGAUGGGAAAAGGAUUACAUCGCUAUCUGCAUCUAGGUCGCGAAGCUUCCGUGCAACUUCCCUUUGACUUUGGGUUCUCGUCUGAUACCGAAGACGAUGAUUCACCUCCAAAAGAUAUUCUGCUUUCUGAGGAGCAAGAGGAGAGUGAGAGUAGGGAGUGUCAUGUACUCACUUACUCACCCACAAAGCCUACUUUGAGUCUAUUGACCACUGUUCCUCAAACUCGAGGCACACGUCUCAGUGUCUGGGAAAAUGGAGAGAGAUACUGGCAAGAAAUACAAGAGAACGCAAGCACAGCCAGUCCCAUCGAGACACCCACUCUCGCAUUGAACAAACUUCUAGGCUGGGAACAAAAAGACGACGCGACAUUGACAUUCCCACACCCAACCCACCACAAAAACACAGAGUCUCUGACGCAAACAGACUCAAGCAAAGGAAACCUACCAAUCUUACAUGAAGACCAGGAAACACAGACCUGGGACAAGAGAAAGAGUAAAGCGAUGGAGACGCCAAAGAGUGUGAGGAGUUUGUACGAUCAACAGGGGUUUUAUACGAGUCCGUGA